CUGCUCCGCUGAGCACACAGCCCCGAUGGCUCCCAACCCCGGCGGCUGCCUCGGCCUGCUUCUGCUCACCUGCUGCCUCACUACGGCCCAGGUCGACCUGCUGAGCCUGAACUGGCUGUGGUCCACUAGGACUGCAGGGCCCACAGCUGACCUGAUCUCCGUGUCCCGGAGCAGUCCCUCUGUGCUGCCCACAGAGAAUACCACCACGCAUGUGGCCUCCCAGGAUGCCCCCACCAAUCCGGGGACAGCCCCUGCCAGCCCUGAGCCACCCCUGGAAAGGCUGGAGGCUGGCCAGGACAGAGCCUCCACAGCCCCCCUUGCCUCCACCACGAGCCGGGACACGAAGGAGGAGAACAUUGCUGGUGUCGGAGCCAAGAUCCUGACCGUGGCUCAGGGCAUCCGGAGCUUCGUCCGGCUGUGGGACAACGCCACUCCCACUGACAGCACCACCCGGGCCAAGAUGCCUGCCUCUGCGACUCCCACGGACCCCCUCACUCUGCCUGGGCCAUCCGGCCCCCCCCGGGAGAAGACGGCUGCUCUCUGGCUGGGCAGUGGGGUGCACAGCUCUCCGGACUCCCAGGGGACUGUGGCCAGCACCCCGCCGGGGCCCCCCCAGCCACCUUCCUCUGCGGGCGGGCCCCAGGCACGGCUCAGGGAGCCCACGGUGCCACCCCCACCCCCAGGUAGAGCUUCUCUCUCCUCUGUGCUGGGUGGGACCCCUUCCUGGGGAGGCCAGCUGUCCCUGGGGCGGCUCCAGGACUUGGACCGCGAAGGACACUCGUCUGUGGCCCGUCCCGGCCGGCAGCAUGGAUACCGCGGGGGCACACCACAGCUGCUUCCCCUGGUGGCGGGUUCGCUGGGCGCACGUGCCGGGCCCUCGGCUCUCUCCCCUGACACCCCCUCUGAGCUGUCUCACAUCCCACUCUCGGCUUUAAUUGGGGACAGUGGUGCUUGGUCUCCUCACGCAGCUAAUUCUGUGGGGCCUGCUCUUGUUAAUGACUCUGUGCUGCUCGGGGCUGACCCACUGGCCUCCGCCGGGCAGCCUCCCACAGGCCGCUGCCUGCCCCUGCCGCCCUCCCUGCCCAUCUGCGGCCACCUGGGCAUCGGGCGCUCCUGGCUGCCCAACCACCUCCGGCAUGCAAGUGGUGAGGAGGUGCAGGCGGCGGCACAGGCCUGGGGGGGCCUCCUCCGGACGCACUGCCACCGCUUCCUCGCCUGGUUCUUCUGCCUGCUGCUGGCCCCGCCCUGCCCACCGCCCGGCCCCCCACCCUGCCGCCAGUUCUGCGAGGCCCUGGAGGAUGCGUGCUGGAGCCAGCUGGCUGGGGUCGGGCUGCCGGUUCCCUGCGCCUCGCUCCCAGCCCUGGAGGACGGGUACUGUGUGUUCAUUGGGCCGGCGGCAGGCCGCGUGGGCGCCGAGGUGGGGCUCCCGCAGCUGCUCGGGGAGCCCCGGCCACAGGUGGAAGACCCCGAAGUUGGGCUGGCCUACGUGUUCGGCUCAGACACCAGCGGCGGCCAGGCGGCCCGGGACCUCGUCCCCAGCCCCUUCUUCCGCGACUUCUCGCUGCUCUUCCACGUGCACCCGGCCACCGAGGGCGCGGGGGUGCUGUUCGCCAUCACCGACGCAGCGCAGGCCGUGGUCGCGCUGGGCGUGAGGCUGGCGGCCGUGCGCGCAGGGCACCAGGAGGUGCAGCUGCUCUACAGCGAGCCCGGCGCGGUGCGCACCCGCGUGGCCGCCAGCUUCCGCCUGCCUGCCCUUGCCCGCCGGUGGACGCGCCUGGCGCUCAGCGUGGACGGUGCGGCCGCCGCGCUCUACGUGGACUGUGAGGAGGUCCAGCGGGCGCCCCUGGUGCGCGGUCCACGGGGCCUGGAGCUGGCACCCGGCGCCCGUAUCUUCGUGGCUCAGGCCGGAGGAGCCGACCCCGACAAGUUCCAGGGCAUGAUCGCAGAGCUGACGGUGCGCGGGGACCCCCGUGUGAGCCCCCUGCUCUGCCUGGAGGACGACGAUGAUGACGGUGAGGCAUCCGGCGACUUGGGCAGUGGGCUGCAGGAGUCCCGGGAGCUGCUCAGGGAGGCAGCGGGCACACCCCCGAGACUCAACCUCCCCGAGGCUCCCCCGGUCACUUCUCCUCCCUUGGCCGGAGGCGGCGAUGAGGAAGAUUCCAGAACCGAAGAAACUGAAGAAGCCACCGUGUCCUCAUUAGGAGCUCAGACCCUGCCUGGCUCAGAUGUGGUCUCCACGUGGGACGGGAGUGUCCAGAGCCCCGGGAACAGCCUGGAGCAGGGAAGCCUGGAGGGGCAGAAGGAGGAGCCAGGCGCUGGGAUCCUGCCCGGCCCAGUUGGUCCCCGGGGCCCUGCAGGCGCAGCAGUGUGGAGCCCCGAAGCACAGCCUGUUCCUGGGCCACAGGGCCCCCCCGGGCCUCCCGGGCCGCCAGGGAGGGAUGGCAGCCCUGGGAGGGACGGUGAGCCCGGCGACCCCGGUGAAGAUGGAAAACCCGGGGACACCGGGCCACAGGGCUUUCCGGGGACCCCGGGGGAUGCAGGCCCCAAAGGCGAGAAGGGAGACCCUGGCCUUGGGCCAAGAGGACCCCCAGGACCCCAAGGGCCCCCGGGGCCACCAGGACCCUCCUUCAGGCAGGACAAGCUGACCUUCAUCGACAUGGAAGGGUCCGGGUUCGGCAGUGACCUGCAGAGCCUCCGAGGCCCAAGAGGCUUCCCCGGUCCCCCAGGGCCCCCCGGCGUCCCAGGCCUGCCUGGAGAGCCAGGCCGCUUUGGGAUGAACAGCUCUGACAUCCCGGGACCUGCAGGCCUUCCUGGUGUGCCGGGGCGGGAUGGGCCCCCUGGGCCCCCUGGGCCCCAGGGACCCCCUGGUCCUCCAGGAAGAGAUGGGGAACCAGGAAAGACCGGCCAGAAAGGCAGCCUCGGUGAAGCGGGUGCCCCAGGACCUGAGGGAAGCAAGGGAGACCCCGGACCCAUUGGCACUCCUGGAGAGAACGGCUUGGCAGGAGCCCCUGGACCAGCUGGACCACCAGGGCCCCCAGGACCCCCUGGGCCCCCCGGGCUCCCUGGACCAGGACUUGCUGCAGGAUUUGAUGACAUGGAAGGCUCCGGGGGACCCUUCUGGCCGACAGUGCGGGGCACCGAGGGGCCGCAGGGACCACCUGGCCCUCCUGGAGACAAGGGAGAAGUCGGAGCAGACGGACCUCCCGGCUUCCCCGGCCUCCCUGGCAAGGAGGGCAUGGCUGGGACCCAGGGACCAAAAGGAGACAAAGGGACCCAGGGACUGAAGGGCGACCCGGGGCGGGACGGAGUCGGGCAGCCAGGCCUCCCUGGACCCCCCGGACCUCCAGGGCCCGUCAUCUAUGCUUCGGAGCAGGAUGUAAGGAUGUCGCCUGGUUGGGCUGGCACUCUGCCCCGGGGAGUGCUGGCUGGCGUGCCGGGACCUGAGGGCCGGCCGGGGUUCGCCGGCUUCCCCGGACCAGCCGGGCCGAAGGGCGACCUGGGCUCCACAGGCCCGCAGGGACCCCCGGGACUCAAGGGCGAGAAGGGCGAGCCAGGCGCAGUGUUCAGCGCCGAUGGCAGAGUGCUGCCCCCUGCCCAGAAGGGCGCCAAGGGAGAGCCCGGCUUCCGAGGACCCCCGGGCCCUUACGGACGCCCCGGGCACAAGGGAGAGAUCGGCUUCCCCGGACGGCCGGGUCGCCCCGGGGUGAAUGGAUUGAAAGGAGAGAAGGGGGAGCCAGGACUCGCCAGUGUCGGAUUUGGAGUGAGGGGUCCGCCGGGCCCCCCAGGGCCUCCGGGGCCCCCAGGCCUUCCCGGGACUCCUGUGUAUGACAGCAACGUGUUUAUGGAGUCUGGCCGCCCAGGACCUCCAGGAUUGCCAGGGUACCAGGGGCCUUCCGGACCCAAGGGAGACAAAGGAGACGUGGGCCCUCCUGGACCACCAGGGCCAUUCCCAUCCGACCUCCUCCGGCUGGAGGCUGAAAUGAAGGGCGAGAAGGGUGACCGAGGGGAUGCAGGACAGAAGGGAGGAAAGGGCGAGCCCGGGGGCGGCGGAUUCUUCGGCUCCAGUGUGCCUGGCCCCCCAGGCCCCCCUGGCUAUCCUGGGACUCCGGGUCCCAAGGGAGAGAGCAUCCGGGGCCAGCCCGGCCCACCUGGACCUCAGGGGCCCCCCGGCAUCAGCCACGAGGGGCGCCAGGGGCCUCCUGGCCCCCCUGGCCCCCCAGGCCCCCCAGGCCCCCCUUCCUUUCCUGGUCCUUACAGGCAGACUAUCAGCGUUCCUGGGCCUCCAGGACCCCCAGGGCCCCCGGGCCCCCCUGGAACCAUGGGCGCCUCCUCAGGGGUGCGCGUCUGGGCCACGUACCAGACCAUGCUGGAUAAGGUGCCCGACGUGCCUGAGGGCUGGCUCAUCUUCGUGGCUGAGAGGGAGGAGCUGUACGUGCGGGUCCGCAGUGGCUUCCGGAAGGUCCUGCUGGAGGCCCGGACGCCACUCCCUCAGGGGACGGACAAUGAAGUGGCUGCCCUGCAGCCCCCCAUAGUGCAGCUCCACGAGGGCAACCCGUACACCCGGCGGGAGCACUCCCAUGCCACAGUGCGGCCCUGGCGGGCAGACGACAUCCGGGCCAGCGUCCCUCGCUUGCCAGACUUCCAGCCCUAUCCCGGAGCGCCACACCACAGCUCCUACACGCACCUCCGGCCGGCACGCCCCACCAGCACACCUGCCCACACCCACCAGGACUUCCAACCGGUGCUCCACCUGGUCGCACUCAACAGCCCGCAGCCAGGCAGCAUGCGAGGCAUCCGUGGGGCCGACUUCCAGUGCUUCCAGCAGGCGCGUGCCGUGGGGCUGGCUGGCACCUUCCGUGCCUUCCUGUCCUCACGGCUGCAGGACCUCUACAGCAUUGUGCGCCGUGCCGACCGCACGGGCGUGCCCAUCGUCAACCUCAGGGACGAGGCGCUGUUUCCCAGCUGGGAGGCCUUGUUCUCCGGCUCCCAGGGCCAGCUGAAGCCCGGGGCCCGCAUCUUCUCUUUUGACGGCAGAGACGUCCUGCAGCACCCCGCCUGGCCCCAGAAGAGUGUGUGGCAUGGCUCAGACCCCGGCGGGCGCCGGCUCACUCAGAGCUACUGUGAAACCUGGCGGACCGAGGCCGCCGGCGCCACCGGCCAGGCCUCCUCACUGCUGGCGGGCAGGCUGCUGGAGCAGAAAGCCACAAGCUGCCACAGCGCCCUCAUUGUCCUCUGCAUAGAGAACAGCUUCAUGACCUCCUCCUCCAAGUAGGCCUCUGCAGGCUCAGGAAGAUGUACAGAAGGACAGGUGGCCAGAGAGGAGACCAGGAGGUUGGGGAGAGGAGAAGCCCCCAGGGCAGGGCAGGGCAGGGCAUGUCGCCAGCACCGUGGGGCAGGGGGGUGGGGGGCGGACCUGGCUG